AUAAAUAGCUGUGAAUCGCUACCAGCUGUCGCGAGCUCAAUGCAAACAUAUACUCACAAGUACAGUGUUUAGCCACAUGAGGUGAGAAUUCCACCAAAGGCUGCUGGAUGUUUAGCUGUGAUUGGAAUAAUCACAACUCUGGGAUGGCAACAGAAACAAACACUGAAAAUUGUUGUUGAGUUCUGUCUGCCAAACAGGAAGUUAUGACUGGUUUUAAUGUGGUUCUUCUCAAGGAGCCUUCAGGCACAUUUUGGUGACUCGUGACUAACAAUGAAUGUUGAAUUGUCCUGCCAUCUAGUGGACUGCUAUUGUAAUAAUAUUAGGGAUUUGACGUGGGACCCCUUUGCCUUUCCUAUCAUACAAAGGCAGAUUUAUCUACCUUAUUUUUUCAGGUAAGAGCGGGAGCGGCCAUUUGUAAUUUUAAUGUCUUCCGGUGUCAUUCGCUUCCAGUUAUUUUAACUGUACAAAAACAGCUCGUUAAGCUGCUUGAUAUUGCAAACUGGUAUUUCAUACCAUAUUAUUUUAAAGUAGGCCUAUUGUCUUAAUUGUAAACACGCGCAAACAGUUUUACAGUUUAUUGUAUUUUGAUAUACUUCUCGGCUAAUAAAUCGGAAGUUUCACGCAUUCGUAGAAAACACCUUACUUCCGCCUUGAAAAAUAAGGUGGCUAGAAAAAUAGUAAAGAAAAUGACAAUUUAAAGACUUAAAUGUUAUCGAAAUUAGUAACUGUAGUAAAUUCAAAAUAAUUUAUUGAAAUAUUAUUCGCAACAUAUUUUGUGUGACAGAAAUGAAUUUUCAAUUCGGUUCAAAUUUGUUUGUGUUUUUCAAUUUCGUUACCUAUUUUUUGUAAUUAAUUUGUUAUUUGUACUUUUCAUAAAUAUUGUUCAAAAGUGCUAUGGGUCAUUUAAAGACAACAGUGGUGAGGGAAAAAAAAAAUGAAAUACUCUAGAAACAUAUGCAUACACUUUUAUUUUAAAAAAUAGUAACAUAUGCAUAUGUUCUUUUUAUUAUACUAUAAAAAAUGUAAAUAAACAAAAGUCUCAAAUUUCCAUGGAUGCCCCAGCAGUUUGACACCACUUGAAACAAAUAAACUAAUCCUUACAUAAAUAAAUGAAAUGUGUCAAUAAAUCACAUGUAAAUUUAAUUCUUUGAUUCUUAUAUAUAUAGUUUAUUAAUUAACUUUGGCUAAUUGAAUAUGAUGGCUAUUAUCUGCAGAGAAUUGGGAAUCUGGGGGAAGCCCACUGAAAAAGAGCUAUGGAUCAUUCCAUAUUCCCUUGGUCACUGUUAGGGUGUCAGUGAUCCUCAUAUGUUACAGUCAUGUCCAAACAGAUCAUGUGCUAUCAGGUGAUGGGAGAACCCCAGAUUUGGACACAGGUGCUCCUCUGGCUUGGCUGGAAACUACCUGAUUUUUUCAAGAUGAAAAAUUGAACCCAGUUUCCCACCAUUAAAGAUCGAACAGCACUCACUCACUGGCAUUGGUGUGUAGUUUUUGGCCAUUUUAAGGUUCACUCAAAUCUGCUGUGGUUGCCUAAGGAUGUUUAUUUGAAAUAAAACAGCAAUGCCUUUGACAAAAAAUACCGCUAUUGAUUUAGUGUUAUAAGGAGGAAAGUUCUUUAAAAUCAAGUGAAACAGUUUUUGCCGGUGGGGAUCAUUUUGUGCAAGAGUUUCCUGGAAUAUCUUCAGUGAGUGUAGCCAGUAUAGGUCACACUCACCGCUUUAUUUAGCAGCAUGGCCUUUCAGAUAUAUUAUGCAGAAUCUAAAGCGAAUUAAUUUAUUUUGCAUGCAAAACAUGAUCAAUUUGUUCUGACCCCAGGAAUGGAAAGGGGAUUUUCUGUCCUCCUUAUUCAAGUACAAAUGACACUUGAGCAUUUAUUAUGACACUCAGUAUCAUGAGAAGCUUUGAAAAAGAUCCUUCUUGCUGGUUCACAUGUAAUAAGGCUUUUGAGAAAAUGAAUGUGUUAAGAGGGCUUUUCACCAAAAGCUGGUCAUCUGAUAUUCGGUUAGAUGGAAAAACUGCUAUAGUGACUGGAGCAAACUCCGGGAUUGGGAAAGAAACGGCAAAGGACCUGGCAAAGCGAGGCGCACGGGUGAUCCUGGCCUGCAGAAACGUGGAGAAGGCUGAGCAGGCAGCCAGUGACAUCAGCAGAGACGUGGAGAACGCCAUCGUCGUGGUUCGGAAACUGGACCUGGCAGACACAAAAUCCAUCUGUGAUUUUGCUGAACUGAUUUACAACACUGAAAAGUCUCUUCAUUUGCUGAUUAAUAAUGCUGGAGUGGCAAUCUGCCCAUAUUCCACAACAGCAGAUGGCUUUGAGACACAGUUUGGAGUCAAUCAUUUAGGACAUUUCUUUCUCACGUUCCUCUUAAUGGAUCUGUUGAAGCAUUCAGCUCCUUCUAGAGUGAUUAAUGUCUCCUCAUUGGUUCACCCCAUGGGAAAGAUCCACUUUGAGGACCUGAACAGUGAGAAAAGCUAUCAUCCCGUGAAGGCCUACGUACAGAGCAAACUGGCCAACAUACUUUUCACACGAGAGCUCGCCUCGAGAGUGGAAGAGAUGGGAGUGAGUGUUUAUGCCGUGGAUCCAGGCCUAGUGAAGACAGAGAUCAUCAGGCAUCUGAAGAAGUCCCUGCAGUUCUUUGUGAAGACAUUUGGUUUCCUGAUAAAAACCCCUGCAGAGGGCGCAUACACCACUCUGUACUGUGCCGUUACUCCUGACCUGCCCACUGGAACCUACUACAGUAACUGUGCCAUGGCCCCAUGCUCCAGGGCUGCUAAUGAUGACAACACUGCGAGCAGACUGUGGGCUGUCAGCUGCCAUCUGCUGGGGAUUCGUUGGAAAUGAGAAGAUAUGACUUCCACCACAGCCUUAUUUCACACUAAUGCCGUUUUAUGAGUUAUUAUAACCUAGUUUCAACAGCAGCCCAGCCGAGUCCUCUCUGUAUUCAUGUGUUAGUGAUAUUUUGGGUGUUAUUGAUUCAGAGAUACGAGGACAUUUGAAAGUUUAAAAAUUUCUUAUCUUAAUACCCUGCUGAAAAAUCCAGAAGCUUAUGUUUUGCAUGCUGGGACCAGCAUAGGAGGCUGGUUUCUGGUUUGCUGUUUCAGGAGUGCUGAUGGACCAGCUACACCAGCUCAGUUUUGCUUGAGAACAGCACUCCACCAGCCAAGGAGCUGGUCCAAGGAGCUGGUCCACCAGCACUAUACCAGCUCAAUUCAUCAUAAACCAGCCUGGACCAAUAUGGUGGUUUAUGCUGGAUUUUUCAGCAAGGUAUGUGAUUAUUGAAACAUGCUACAUUUUUCAUGCUACAACUUUCUUGUUAUAAGCAGCUAGCAAUGGUUAAAGAAAGUUUAUUGUCAUUUGAAAAUGAUAUGGUCACCCAUGGUGCAGAACAUAUAACAAGACAAAUACUAGACGAUAUGCCUGGUAGAGACAGUAGAAAUAAAUACGAAAGCUAAAUAAUACUGUGUUAAUGGGGUAGAAAUGUCUUGGGAAAGAGUAACUGAGCCAUUCUGUUUCUGCCAUUUCUGUCCCCAGGACAUUGUAUGUAUAAUUAUGCAUGAAAAUGAACUCUAAAAUACAUUUUAAUAUUAAGCAAAAUGUCCUGAACAUUACUCUAACUGCAAAUUUAAAAUAUAUAAUUUAAAACAUUAUUAAAAACUACUCAGAGCACUAAAAAAUAGCAUUUGUUGCAUGUCCCCGUUAUCUAAACCUAAACUUUAUCAUGAAAUAUAAUCAUUAAAAUCUUUCAGAAAUCGUAUUAUUUUUGCGUUGUUGUGUGACUCUAUAUACCAUCUAUGCUAAACAAAAAGAAAUUUCAUGAGAAAUCUAUAAUAUAUUAUAUAAAAUACACAUUUUUAGUCAUGUCCCCAGGUUUUCACUCAGUCCUGUUACCCUCACACUUUGCCCCUUCUAAAAAACUUGGAGCAUGCCACAAGACACAGUUUCAAAAGGAAGUUGCAUCAUCUGGAUCUUAUGCAGGCCACGAGAAGACCAAAAAAGAUGGAGAGAAACCAUACUAUGCAGUUGCCAGAAACACCCACCCAUGGCAUGCUGCAAACGAAGGAGUGAAACACACCCGCAACCCUCUCUUUUUCCCCCUUUUUGUCUUUCCUUCCCUCUCUCUCCCUCUCUCUCUCUCCUUCUUUCUC